CAACAUGGCAAAAUCGACUCAAAAUGGCGACCAGCCAUGAGUAUUUUUCGGCUUGGUGUUUAUGUGUAUUGUGAUGCCAAUUCAAAGUUUAAAGUUUAUCAACAAAUACAUUUUGGGCUGUGUUUAGAUUCUACAGCCAAGUGCCGUUUUAGUACUCUAGUUUAAACUUCAUCAGUGGGCCGUUCCAAAUUGGCCAGUGAGUGACUCGCUCAGGAUAACUCGUUUACUGACAUUUAAAAAUAAGUAUCACAGAUAUUUGGUAACAGCAUGUCGAGCACUUUUGUGGCCGACACCGCAGAUGAUAAUUCCUCUGCUGGAAAUACUGUCAUCAUAAUUGUCAAUGAUGACACAGGAAACAUAUCAGUUGAUCAGGAAACACUUCAACUUCUCACCUCCCAAGAGAACACAACUCUGAGUGUAGUUAGAGUCAAUGAAGCUGCAGGGGAUAAUAGCACAGAUGUCAAUAUUACUGUAGAAGAGGACUUUAACCCAGGAUCUAGUAGUAUACUACAGGGGAAUGAAGAAGACCUAAUGGAAACAGACCAGGAAAUUGCUCAAGUUAAUGGGAAUGCCAAAACUGGACUGAAAAUUAGUGAACAAGUGUUAGAGACAACAGAUCCACUUCUAGCCCUUGACCAGGAAGAAAUUGAGAAAAUUGAACAUGCAUUACAGGCAGAAGCAGGGGCAUUUUUCAAUAAUAUCCUUCCCCCAGAGGCUGGGCUGGAUGACCUGCUGGACCCUGAGCUUACAGGAGAACCAGAUGACACUGAAGCUGUUGCAUCCAUCUCACUUGAUCACUGCUAUUCAGCUGUACAUGGUUCGACGAUUAAUAACGCUCGAAACGUUGAUAGUGCGAUGAGUUCCGAGAUCGAUAGUUCUGACAGUGUCUCGACGGGUAGAGGUGGCGGCGGAUCUAGACGCCAACCGUCGCCAAAACGACGUUCACAGCGUCAGAUUGACAGACAAGAAAUGGAACAGUUGAAGAAAAUCCGCGCUGAAAAUGAAGAACUUCUGAAAAAGGAAAAAGAGGAGAUGAAUCAAACUCAACAAGUCAGUCCGCCCAAAAAAGAAGCUGAAGAGGAUCCAGAGGAGACUCUUUUUGUCCCAGUUCCGCAAAUUGUUGCACCUGAGGUAACUCCACCUGCUCCGGCGCAACCGCUCAGUCGUUUAGCUGCAAUUCGUCAAAAGCUACAACAGGACAUCCUUAGCGUUGACCCUGUCAAAGCCAAGGUUCACACAUUACCUUUAAACCAACCCGUCAAAAUGCCCUUGUCCAAACCACAGCCUCUAGCCAAAACUCCCCAAACCAUUCCCGCCAAAACACCAGCGGUGACGACGCAAACAAAAUCGCCUGCUGUAGUUGAAGUUAAAUCACCACAAGCGGCUCGAGCACCUCUUUCACCUCAAAAGUCACAUUCACCUCAAAAGGCAAUUGAUUCAGAUAGGUCAAUCUCCUUUGUCGCGUGUUUCAUCUUCUGGUGGAGUCACCCGGCCAAGACGGGAAAAUCGCCAACCGCCCAAACAUCUUCGUGAACUUUCAACCAGCUUGAGUUUGAAGGUAUUGAGAAACUAGUAAAGAAGACAUCCGUUGCCAAAAGUGUUUCAUCUCCAGAUGAACAAACAACGAUGUUUGACAGUUCGGUUAAUGAAGAAAUACCUGACGAUCCACUUGAAACUUCCCCGAAAAAAAUAGAUCAAUCCAAAGAAGAUGAGGACGAUGGUGAUGAUGAUUUAGAUGAUGAUGAUGACGACGAUGAUCCAGAGGGUGAAGGUUCUGAGUCAGAAGAGAAUGAAGAUGAUCCCGAUCGAUUGUGGUGUGUCUGUCGAGAACCUCACAACAAUCGCUUUAUGAUCUGUUGCGACAAGUGCGAGGAAUGGUUUCAUGGCAAAUGCGUCGGCAUAACACGAGGAAUGGGUCGCGAACUUGAACUGAAGAAACUUGAAUGGAUCUGCCCGAAAUGCGUCAGGCAGGAAUAUGCCGAUACCCAAGAACCGUUUAUCCAUUUACAGGACAUUGAAUCACCGGAGAAACCAAAUCCAGCAGCAGAGGAAAAGACGGCAAUCGUCAAACCAGUAGAGAAACCUGUUAAUCCAAGGAAUGCGGAGCAUGCCAAAACAGCCAAAGAGAAUGCAAAACUCAAAGCUCAAAUGACACAACGAAGGGCUCGUGUUAGUUCAAGUGGAAGUGGCACGGCCGAGGAAGCUACAACUGUGGCCCGACGUUGUAUUGGUGCUGGAUGCAAGAGUGAUGCGCGGGUAAAUAGCGUGUACUGUAGCGAAGCGUGUAUCGCGAGUCACGUACGAGAUUCACUCAUCGCCAUGAGCAAAGAAAAGACCAAACAGGCCCAAUUGCAGGAACCACCCAGUCCCAGUACACCUCCCACACCUUUAGGUGCGUCUAAGUGGAAAGAGUCGGUCGAAUUUGGCCAGCUGAUGAGUCAACCAACUCCACCGUUGGCUUCAAAAUCGAAAGCCAUUAAUCAGAUGAAAAAAUCUGUUUCAUCGGAAGGAAUUGCGAAACCGGCCAAUUUGGCAGACGAUACACCCGUCCCGGUGUUGGAAAGAAAAACGGGGAAAAUCUUGAGUGGCUCAUCAGCUCCCAAAGUUUCCAAUUUGGAACAAUGGCUGAAAGACAAUUCAACUUUUGAAGUCAUCAAACCGGCGACGCUGCCCACUAAUAAACCUCGCUUGUCUCUCUUGUCUACGACACCAACGGUUCCGUCGAUGUUGAACACUAAAUCGACUACGCCGACAUCGUUACGAGCCAAGCGUCAUCCCCGUCUUCUUCUGCCGUCGUUGCCCAGGAUCAAAACCGACAAUAAUAGUUCUAAGAAAUCGAUCGAAUCGUCCUCGGCGUCAAAGUUGAACCUAAUUCGAAAGAGGUCCAUUGAAACGUUCAAAGAUGAGGAGACGCCGAAAAAGGCUGUUCAGUCAGAUCCGGAGUCAACUCGUGCCAGGUCCAAGAGUUCAUUGAAGGAGACGUUGUGGAACCGGUGCAAGGAUGCCACUGACCUGGAGAUUGAUGAACAGACAGUCGAACAGGUUGCCACUGAAGUAGAAGAAGCCCUCUAUCGCCUCUUCAACAAAGAUGUCGGCACAAAAUACAAAAAUAAAUACCGCACUCUGAUUUUUAAUAUCAAAGAUCCAAAAAAUCUGGGUUUGUUCCGCAAGAUCAUUGAAAAGCAGAUUACACCUGGUCAAUUGGUUAAGAUGUCGACGGAAGAGCUGGCGUCCAAGGAAUUGGCCGAAUGGCGUGAACAGGAGGCUAAGCACCAACUGGACAUUAUACAAAAGACUGAACUAGAACUCAUGAAUAUGUCCAAUAAAUAUCUGGUCAAGACUCACAAAGGCGAAGAGAUCAUCGAGGAGGCCGGCAAAGAGCUCGAUGAAGGAGAGUCAGCCACAUCGACCACGACUGUUGUUCCAGCGCCACUCCUUGAAGCUCUUCAGGACACCACGUCCAAGCACAAGUCGCACUUGUUCGACCUCAACUGUCAAAUUUGCACUAACAAGAUCAAGGAAGAAGACGUUGAAAAGGAUAAGAGCAGUACCAGCAGCUCCAACACUAGUUCGAGGAAGAAGAACGACAAGAGUUCCAGACAGAGUUCGCAUCAUUCCGAGUCCAGCAGCAAGCGGUCUGAAAAAGACCGUAGAGACCGUGAUAGGAAGAAAAGGGAUCACGACAAAGAGCGGAGUCGUCAUCGCCCCUCAAGGAGCAAAGAAAGACAUCACAGGCAUCGCUCUGACAGGGAAAAGGAACGAGCCAAAGAGAGAAAAAAAGAAGACGAUAAGAAAGAGAUGUCUAAGAAAGAAGAAGUUAAGAAGGAACAGGUUAAGAAGGAAGAUGUUAAGAAAGACGAGAUUAAGAAGGAGGAUGUUAAGAUAGACGAGAUUAAGAAGGAAGAUAAAGUUGCUACUCCGGAAUCGGUCAAGCAGGAUCCUGAAAUCGGAGAAGUGUUGACCGUCAAGCAAGACAACGGUGCAUCGAUCGACGAAUCAGAAGCAUUGCCAGUAGCCAGUGCAGACGACAUGGUCGUGGACGUACAACCGGUUCAGGAAAAGAAGAAAGAAGAAGAAGAGGAGCCUUCCAGUAAGCAGGAACCGACAUCGACAGUUAGCAUCAAGACUCCGGAACAGCAGUCGUCGCCACCAGAGUCGGGCCCAGUGGUCUGGAAGGGUAUCAUUAACAGUGUCGAGACGGGCAAAGUCAAUGUUCAAGCACUUGACAUGAGCGGAACGUCAGAUCUGGCGGAUUUGGAAAUGCCUUCAUCGUUGGAUGUAGUGGGUCGUAUCAGGCCGGAAAUGGUAUGGGAUUAUGUGAAUCAAACAAGGCGAGCGGGCACGCGAGAUAUCGUGGUUUUCAAGUUCACUCCUGCGUCGGAUUCCGACCGGAAGCACUAUUCAUCUUUUCUCAGUCACAUGUACAAACAUAAUCGGUUUGCCGUGGUCGGAGCCGUCUCCAAGCUUAUCAAGGACUUCUAUGUUGUUCCUUUACCUAAAGACAGUCCUAUUCCUUUGGCGCUGGUUUCGUUAUCUUCAGGGACUAAAUCUUUGGACGAGAAUCGUACCUCAAGUUUGUUGUUGGGCGUUGUGGUACGAGCGAGGAAGAAGCGACCGGUUGAUCAGGCCUCGAAUGGUGGAGCUUCCGUGCCUCAUAAAGCGGCCAAAUUGGCUAAGAUGUCGGCCAAGAUUUCAUCUCCCAGUAACGCCAGUAGCAGCUCACCCAGUCUGAAUUACAUUCCCACCUCGCGCGCCACAUCCAAAAUGCCUAAUAAAAGUGAUCAGGCGAAUCUAGCCUCCAAAGCCGAACCUAUUUCCAGCAGCUCCAAAUCUCAAGCUGAUGAUGCGCCCUAUAGUCCCGGCCAACUUCUCGGCGAAGAAGAAGAGGCCAUCCCAGUGAUCGGCGACGACGAGUUGUUGAAGCAACAAGCUAUGCUGGAAGAAUUAAAUCGCCAGAUUGAAGCUCAGAAACAGGAGCUGGCCUCCAUGUCGGCUGAAGUGGCGGCAACCACACCGCCGGAAAUGAUGAUACCCGGUUUGGGCGAACCUGUUAUACCUGGGCUUGGAGAGCCUUCUACGUCCUCGACAGCCGCGUGGACAAGUGUCGAUACCAGGGUGACGCCUUCUACCGAUCCACCGUUCGAUCAUUCGGCGAAACCAGCGCCUGCGUCGAUUAACAAUCUCAAUAUCAGUAACUUGCAGGAAAUCAUUAGCACGAUUCAAAAGAAGGAAAUGGAAAUGAAAAUGACCAGUAAAUCGUCAGAAGAUCGCCCUCUGCCGAUCGAGCUUUUCUCCCCGCAUGAUGUCGACAUGCGAAUAGCAGGUCCUAUUCCAGUGCAACCGAUCGCCCCCGUUCAGCCCGUGGUCCCGAUAGGAGUAGUGCCGGUUGUAACACCAGCACCAGAGAAAAAGAAGCCGAGUCUUUUAAAUCAGUUGACUGACGAGCAGUUGCUGGCCAAAGCCAUGGAAAUGGAAAUGGAACAAGCUGGAAUACCUACAGCGCCUAUGGCUGGCCAGCAAUUUUUCCCUCCGCCUCGAGGGGCUAUUCCGUAUCCCCCUAUGGGACCAGGUAUGCCACCCGGCCCGCCAAUGAUGGGUCAUCCUCGGCCGUUCCGUUCGCCUCCGUUCAUGGGGGCGCGUUCCUCUUUCAAUUCACCGCCGAGUCAAGGUGGUAAUUUCCGGACAAGACCCAAUAAGAAAAAGCGCUAAAUUUGUACAGCCCAUCAUGCCCCAACACUACAACCCACGUCCCUCGUUGAUUCUCAAGACCUCCUUAUUGCACUUUGGGAGUUCCAACAAUUUUUGGAAUUGUGCGAGUUAUUGUUGUUUCAUGUCGAUAGACAGAAACACGUACACAGAGCUAAAGCGGUGGGGUGAAGAAAUUACAGUACUAAAUUUUGACCACCCCAUUUAGCUGACCCAACAAGGAAAGAAAUGUUAGAGACGCCAAUUACGUUCGCUAUUCCCCACAGCUAACGAUUUUGUUUUUAUACCUUUUUUAAUUCCUCUUUCAGUUUAUGUGUGUUUUCCUUAUUCUGUAUUGAUACUGUAGUCACAUGCAUUGUGUCGUUCUCAUAAAUCGGACCACCAACACACGCAAUACAACACACUCUCAUUCAUCAUAAA